UUUAAAUAAUACUUGAGUGGUAUAUUAUUGGAAAACACACACACUCACACACAAAAAUACUUCUACUAUUUCAAUCCGGCUAAUGAAAUAUAUAAUAUCUCAUUUUUAUGUUUCUAUCAAUUCGUUUGACAUUAAGAAUCGCAAUGGCAGGAGGACCAGGAUAAAAUAUUUAAAAUCAAUCUUAUCAUGACCGAAAACGAUCGAGAGCCACAAUCUGUAAGUGUCACAGGCACUGACACCGUAAAUAUAUCGACAAUCUCGACAAUAAUUAUCGUUGUUUUCAUGACCGUGAUAUUCCUAUGCACAUACUAUACAUCUAGUUGGUCAGCGGUCGAGAUUAAAGAGUCUACAAUCGUUAAACUUCGCACGAAUCACUUCGGCAACGAUGGAAACAGCAUUUAUGCAAAAUCGACUACAACCGAUGUCGAUCUGGGCAAGUCGGAAACGUCUGCGAGUCUUCACAAACAGCGAAUUGUACCGAUCGAGGCCGUAUCAGACUUAGUUAGUGACCAACGAUCAUCGACAUUUCGCUUAGCAAAACACUCCUGGAUUAGCGAUUCGGAAUACGAGAGCCGUGUUUGGUCACCAGUAGUGUGGAGUAAGUUGACUGCCCAUAAGACAGAUCCACACUUUGAGGAGAAUAACCAAGAAGAAGUAACCAACCGUCCAGUAGAGCUAUGGGAUAUCAACAGUCGAUCAAAUCGCCACAAUCGCUGGAACACGAACUCUAACGAAUGGGCUGGGCAUCACACUUCGUAUGACUUGACUUAUGGUUUAGACCACAAUGAUGCACUCAAACAUGCUGAUGCUAAUACGAUCGGUGAAAUAGGAUUUGGACCACAUUAUUCAUCUGAUAAUGGAGCUUACUAUGGAUCAAUGGCGGAGAGCCCCUUGACUACACAUUAUCAACCACCUCUGAGAACACUUCCAAUUUAUCCAGUCCUGAGUUCUCAAAUAAAACAAUCAAUACUAAAAAAUAAAAAAUUUGAUUGGCAUACUGUCGGAUUGUUGACACUCGUUAAAGUCGGAUUGAUCAAACUGAAAUUAUUUGGAAUUCUAAAGAUUUUAUUCUUUCUUCUAUUCAAGUUUAAAUUGUUUUUAAUGGCAUUAUUCAUAAAAUUUCAUUUAGUUUUGAAAUUGUCGAAAGUUUUUAAAACAUUUUUCGUUUUACUAUUAUUUCCAAUACUUACGACUCUUAUUUUGACAAUAAUUUUGAGUGCUGCAAUGUAUUUGGUUCCAGAACAGUCGCUCAAUAUGAUGCCUGAAAGUCCUGCUGCGCCAUCCCCCAUAUCAAAUUUACUGAGUAGCUUAUUAUCAAAUCUACCUGGUAUACCAGCUCGACCAGGUUCGACAAAGAGUGUUACAAGUGAUAAAUUGACAAAUAUUCCAAAAAGUAUACUGGCUAGUAGAUCUAAUACUUUUAGAUUCAAUGAUAGAAGUUUUUCGAAUAAACGUUAUGCAGAUCCUUUGGCAACGGUCAAUCCUAUCUUGAAUAUUUUUUAAAAGUUAUACAAUUUAAAACAAUAUAUGCAAAGAAUAGUUUUUUAAAUAUCUGUUGUUGAGAAUGCAGUAUUAUGCCAAACGAGAUUAAUAAGUACCUAAUAACCUAAUACAGAUUUUUAUAUAACAUUCUUCGUAUAGACAUUAUAUUUUUUAUUAUUUUUUACGGGUAUAGAUUUGUAUAGGCACCUCCCUAAAUGGUAAUACCAAAAUAUAAUGGAAUUAAAUUAAAAUUGAUCAUAAAUACUUAUAUCCAGAAGUUUUUAUCAUUUAUUAAUAUAAUAUAUGUCAGUAGUUGCUUAGUAUUUUUAGUAAGUCACCAUUUGAACAUAAUUAAUUCAAAUAGACUUUCUUCCUAAAUUUUAAGUAUCUAUAUAUAUUCAUUAUCUAUCCUAUAGUAGUUGGUUGAAAUUGCUAGUCAUCCGAAAACAUA